AAAAAGAAAAAUCCGUCGAGAUAAAAAGCCCCUCAAGGAGGAGGGAACAAAGUUAUAAUCUCUCCAUUUUCUCUGCAAAAUCUCUCUCGUCUGCGAAAUCGAUCGACCGAUCCUCACCGUCCGAUUCCGAAGCGAAGCAGCUCCGAUCGUCGCCGUCUCCCUUCCCCGUUCCUUCCCUGAUCUACCGUCGUCCGGCGGUUCCCCGUUCCGGCUCCAGCAAUGUGUGGGGGCGCCAUCAUCUCCGACUUCAUCCCCAACCAGAGGGCCCGCCGAUUGACCUCGGACUUCCUAUGGCCCGAUCUGAAGAGAUCGGCCGGCAAGCAGUCGAGGCGGCCGGCCAGGUCGGAGGUCGUCGAUGUCGUGGACGAUGACUUCGAGGCCGACUUCCAGGGCUUCAAGGACGAGUCCGACGUCGAGGACGACUUCGACGACGAGGUCGAGGUCGACGUCAAGCCCUUCGCUUUCUCCGCCGCCGAGCCUCGGUACUCCAAAGGCUCUUCAACCACCAAAUCUGUGGAGUAUAAUGGGCAAGCUGAGAAAUCUGCCAAGAGAAAGAGGAAGAACCAAUAUAGGGGAAUCAGGCAGCGUCCAUGGGGAAAAUGGGCUGCUGAGAUCCGUGACCCAAGGAAAGGGGUCCGAGUUUGGCUUGGGACGUUUAACACAGCAGAAGAAGCUGCCCGAGCUUAUGAUGCUGAGGCUCGGAGAAUUCGUGGCAAGAAAGCUAAAGUGAACUUCCCUGAUGAUUCUUCCAGUGCAUCAUCAAAACGCUCUGUGAAGUCAAAUGUUCAGAAACUUCCCAAGACAACAACAAACAACGUGCAGCCUAAUCUGAAUCAAAAUUUCAAUUAUGCAAACAGCUCUGAUGAUGACAUUUACAGUUCCAUGGGUUUUGUUGAAGAAAAACCACCUACUAACCAGUUUUACAUGGAUGCUUUGAAUGCCCAAGGGGUUUCUGGAAUGAAUUCUCUUUCCCCUGCUGACAAUGCCCCCUUGUACUUCAAUUCAGACCAGGGAAGCAACUCAUUUGAGUGUUCUGACUUUGGUUGGGGUGAAAAUGCCCCAAGAACUCCAGAUGUCUCAUCUGUACUUUCAGCUACCCUGGAAGUUGAUGAAUCUCAGUUUGAGGAUGCUAACCCAAGGAAGAAAAUCAGGUCUGCUUCUGAUGAUGUGUCCGAGGAAGAAAACACUGCUGCAAAGACAUUCUCUGAGGAGCUGUCUGCUUUUGAGUCCGAUAUGAAGUUCUUCCAGAUGCCAUUUGUGGAUGGUGGCUGGGAUCCGUCAGUGGAAGCCUUACUUGGUGGAGAGGCAACUCAGGAUGGUGGAAAUGCAGUGGAUCUCUGGAGCUUUGAUGACCUCGCUCCCAUGAUGGGGGGAGUCUUCUAAAAGAGUUACCGUUGGCUGGUUUUUUUUAUGUAAAUAAGGCUACAUGUUAGUGAGUCCUCGACUGUCUGCCUGUCUUAUUAUAUUGAGUUGUUUUCCGAUGUUAAAAAGUCCUAGUCAAUGAGAAAGAGAGAUUGCUUCCUAAUAUGCUGCAAUGCUUUCAGGAAUGAUUUGUCUACUGUGGUGGUGGAGUACCAAACGUUUGAACAUGGUUAAGCCUUGGAUGAAGUGUGGUUUCCCAGUCAGAUAUGUGGUAUAUUGGAGUAUGCUGCUGACUAGGUUAAGUUUUAAAGUCCAGACCUUCUUAUUGGAAUUUUGAACUUACGUCUGUAAUUUGAUGAUUAUGUGUGAUAAAUGCUGAAACUCUGAUGACAGCAAUAGCUUGUUCUGUUGGCCAGUGCUUCUCUCAAUAAUUGCCAGGGCCUGUGAUAAAUUGUGGCAGUCGAUUGGAUUGGA